AUGCUUCGGGCGUGUUUUGCAAAGACAGCCCCUCCAUCAAAUGGCGUGUUGAGCUGGGCAACCGAAAAUCUGAUGUUCGCAACGGCUACCAUCAAGGGUGUAAAGGUCUCAGACGCAACCCUCAGCAGGCCGUACCUGUUCUUCCCCACACCAAUCGUCGUCAGCACGUGGGUACUCCUGCUCAGUUCUGGUAUUAUUGGGGUUGGGGUGUGGCUAGCGUACACAAUCGCCGAGAAAACUGGGAACGGCAACGAGAACCGGGAGGGCUUACGGCCCGAUAGCGAUGGCUCUCUUAAAGAUCAGCGUGCAAGGACGCGAAGGGGAGCACGUUUAGUCUCUCAGAGUACCUCAUCAAUGCAGAUGCAGCUAAUUCAAACAUUCUUCCUUCCCAUAUCUAAAGAGUCGAUUCUGCAGUUGGAUCAGGUCCUGGCCCUGACUACUGGAGUGUUGACCCUGAUUUUUACGAUAUGGAGCGCAUAUCAUUCGAGAGGAGCCCUUAUUUCUACCCGAGCUCCUGUGAGAGGCAAUAUCAUCCAACGCCGCAAAUCAAUCUAG